UCUUUAAUUUGAAAGUUUUCGUGCGUUUGGUUUAGUUUUGAUUGCCGGUUCGUGCAUUAUAGUUUUCCUUGAUCGUUUGAAAGGGUUUACUCCUUUGGCCGGUUCAGAAAAAUGAGCGGCGAAGCCAGUGAGCAUAAUGAUUCCUCAAGUUUUCGUGAUUUUGCUGCUGAAUAUGAGCAAAUAUCUUCACUGUCCAAGGAACAAUCUGGGAAGAUUGAGGAACUUACUCAAGAGGUGUACAGUUUGAGAAGUCGUCUUGUUGUGUCAGAGAGGAUUCAGGCUGACUAUCAGACAGAAAUUGACAGUCAACAGCAGCAACUCCACGAUCUAAAUGCGUCACAUGCCCUGUCCAUUCUCAAACUUAAAGAGGAGCAUGCCGAAAGAGUUGAAGAUUUAGAGAGCAAGAUAUUAUCUUUAGAAAAUGAUCUAUCGGAACUACGGCAAAAGCAAGUUCUUGAAAAGGAUGAAUUGGUCAAAACAAGAAAAGAACUUAGAGAAUUUCAAGAUACAUCACCGGUUGCCUCCUUGAAAGCUGAAUUGCAGGAAUUAGUGGAAGAACAUGCAGCUGGUCGUCUUGCUUGCGAGCAGCACCAAGAGCUUAAUCAAAUUUUAUUGAAAGAUAAAACAGCUUUAUUUGAGGAACUCAAUAACACCAGAGAACACUUAGAAAUGAUGGAAGAAAAACUUAAAAUUUGUAAAUCUGAUAUGACGGAUCAAUCUGAAACGAUAGAGGAGCUUCGAGAAAGUUUAGCUGUGGCUCAAAGUGAGUUGGCAGGUUUGAAAGCUGGUCCAUCGGAUUCUGCAAGCCGAGGAAAUUCUCUUUUUGCAGAAGUGGAAGAUAAAAGACAAGAUAUGUUGAAGAAAUGUUCUUCUCUGUCUAAAAAAUACAAUGAAAUGAAGAAAGAUUAUGGUGCAAAAUGUGCUGAGAUCAAAAGACUAAAUAUGGAAAACCUAAAACUGCGGCGGAAGUGGCAGGAAGAGGCCGAAGAGAGAGAUAACAGGGAUGUUUGGUUGAAAGAUAAUUAUGAAAUCAGAAUUCAGGAACUUUUGAAAUUAGUAAAUGAUCUGAAACGAGAUGAAAAACCAGUGUUUGUGAACGGUGAUUCAAAAAUACUUACAUUUGCAGAGGAUCUUGUUGAACGGUCCAGGAAAGAAAUGGCUCAAUUACGUAACGAAAUGGAGCAGCGGUCAUCAGAAAGAUUGAAUGAAGCAAAAGCUCUCUACAUGGCUCGUGGCGAGAUACUGACUCUCAGAUCACAAGUUUUGUCAGCUAAUGCUGAAAAUCUUGUUCUGAGGGAUAAACUGGGAGAAGCAAAUAUUACAGACCUACCAUCACCUAAGCAAUCUCUUGAACGUUUGAAGAAAACAUUGUUUUCCUCUGAUGGACUAAUGACAGCUAGCACUCAAACUGACCCAGUUGAGGAAAAUAACCAUAUAUUAGAAUAUCCAAAAGAAGAUGUUAAAUAUGAAAUUCCAGCUUGCACCUCUACUUUACCUGUUUCCUCUUCCCUCUUGCCAAGUUUACCUAAACCCAAACGACUUAUAAAAGCAGAGAUGAUGGAAAGGCUUCAAUUGUCAAAUGAUGACAGCAGUGGUGUCAGUGAAGAUGAUAACAGUUUGCUCAAACAUACUGAAUCUCUCACUUUCAAUGCAGAAUCUGGACCAGAUGAGCUUGCAAAAUUAGGCAUGGAAGAAUGUUCUUCAGUUAAAGAGGAGGCUUCAGAAGAACCAUUUGAAUUUGUUCUGCCCAGUCCAACAAAACCAAUUGGUCUUUUUAAGGCAGAGAUUAAGGAGCAAAAUAUCCAAUUUGAAUCAUUGAGUGAAAGUAAUUCUGCAGAGAUACUCAGGGAGGAUAUUUUUACUCGUGGGUCUUCUAAAUUAGAGCCUGAGCCUAAGCUAGAAGAUUGCUCUCAAACAGUUUCUGUGAAAAGAGAAGAAUUACACCAUGGCAAUCAAAGCACUAGCAUUGAUGACUCUGAUGCAGAAAAUUCCUGUGAAAGUGAAUCUUGUUUUCAAAAACCUACUCAUGAUGAUGUUGAAAAUAUUCUCCCUAUUCCAAAAUUUCCAGCUCCAAGACAAUCAAUCCUUGCCAAAGUCUCAAGGCCCUCACUUAUACCUAUUGAUCAAAAUCUAACUAGGAGGGUGAGGUUUGCUGACCCCCAACCUGCUUCCGAAACAGAAACCUUUAAAAGUGAAGUGAGUGUUAAGCAGUCACCACCCAAAAAACUUGUCAGAACUGCAAAGCCUAAAAUGACUAGAAGAAUUAUAGUAUCAAAAGAAACUGAAUACCAAUGAAAAUUAUUGCAUGCUGUAAUUUAUUUUAUUAUAUGACUGUUACAUUUUGCUUUUCAGACUAAAUCUUUAUACUUUUACCUGUAAAACUAUUGUAACACAAAUUCUCUUUGACUUUGAAAUGCUUUUUAAAUUAUAUUGCACUAUACUCAUGUUUUUAAAAUACAAAUAUAGGAGAUUUAUUGAUCUA